AUGAUCGCAAUGCUGUGCUUGGCUCUGGCAUUCACAUUAACUACCGCCACUGCAAUACAGAGUGCCAACACUUCCUCUUCUCCUCAUGUCUUUGAAAGCUUUUCUGUUGCGAAAGAUCGUAUGUUGCCAGAGAAAAAUGAUGCGGAUAAAAGGGACAUUGAAGCUCUACUAUCUUUUAGAAAAGGCAUUACAGCCGACCCCACGCGAUCGCUCUCCAACUGGACUUCUACCAAUGCAGAGAAUGUGUGCCUGUGGAGUGGUGUUUGGUGCAGAAAACAUACCAACAGAGUGGUGGCCAUAAUUCUUCCUCGAUUGGGAUUAAAAGGUACCAUUUCUCCAUCCAUAGGAAAUCUCUCUUUGUUACACACUUUAAAUCUCUCUCUCAAUUCUUUGGAGGGAAGGAUUCCACCUGAGCUUGGCCAGCUGAAAGCGUUGAGGAUACUUGACCUUAGCACAAAUGGACUAGAAGGUUCCGUCCCCAAAUCUCUUGCCAAUUGCUCGAAUAUUCAGUGGAUUAGACUUUCUGAUAACAACUUGACGGGGAGCAUACCUGCAGAAUUUGGUGGGCUGGGCAAGUUACAACAUCUCCGCUUGUCCCGAAAUAAUCUGAGCGGAAGCAUUCCAAAUUCUCUAACUAACUGCGCGUCUCUAAUUAAUUUGAUUCUUCCUGGCAACAAUCUCACAGGGAAAAUUCCAAAGGCAAUAGGACAGCUCACAUCUUUGAAUAGAUUGUGCCUAAAUCAUAAUAAUUUGACUGGACCUAUACCACUUGAAAUAGGAAGCUGCACGUCUCUACUAGAAUUGCUUCUUAACUCUAACAAUCUCACAGGGAAAUUUCCAGAGGCCAUAGAACAGCUCACAUCUUUGAAUAUAUUGCAUUUGCAAGAAAACAGGUUGAAUGGACCAAUACCCUACAAUAUUGGUAAACUGAAGAAUCUUUUUGAGCUUUCAAUUUAUGACAACAAUCUUUCCGAGGGUAUUCCUGAAAGUCUUGGUGAGUUAAUUUUACUACAGAAAUUCGAUGCAUCUCACAAUCAACUGACAGGAAAGCUUCCGCCAUCUAUAGGGAAGUGGAAGAAUGUAAAUGAUUUGGUACUGACAGACAACUUUUUGUUUGGAAGAAUUCCAGAGACAUUGAGCAACUGCACAACCUUAAAGAGGCUAAAGCUCUCUAGCAACUUAUUUAGUGGAGAUCUCAAAAUCCAUUUUUCUUCUAUGGAAGUUUUGUCUGUUCAUUCUAAUAAUUUUUCUGGGACCCUACCUGCAUCAUUGGCUAAUUGCACACAGCUUACUCUUCUUGAUUUCAGCAAGAAUAGAUUUGUAGGUGAGCUUUCUGCACACUCCCUUUCAAAUUGUCGACAGUUGAGGGUUCUCAGCCUUAGCUCUAAUGAGUUUAGUGGCGAUAUUCCUCUAUGGAUUAAAAAUCUCAGCAGAUUGCAGGUGUUGGAAUUAUCCAAUAAUAAAUUUGGGGGAAGAAUUCCCCCUGCUCUAGAGGAUCUGAAGGGAUUUAGAAGUCCUAAAGUUUCACAACUAGGUGGCAGUACACUCUACGAGGAUAUACCAUCCAUCAUAAUAAAAGGAAAUGAGUAUAGACUAGAAUAUGUGUUGGUUACAAACACUAUACUUGAUCUAUCAAACAAUAAUUUAACAGGGGAAAUACCACCAAACAUUGGGAAUCUAUCCCAGCUGAGGUUGCUAAAUCUAUCUAGAAACAAAUUUGAAGGUACAAUACCAGCAUAUUUGGGGCAAAUAGAGCCUCUAGAGCAGUUGGACUUGUCUCAAAAUAGACUAAGUGGUGAAAUACCUGAAGAUCUAUCUCAAUUAUCCAAGUUGAGCUAUUGGAAUGUAUCUUUCAACCACCUCUGUGGAUCAAUACCUGCAGGAAAACAGCUUAUGACUUUUGAUGAGAGAUCUUACCAGGGAAACCCUACGUGUUUAUGUGGGUAUCCAUUACAAAGUUGCAAAUAGAAUAAAAGUUCAA